UCUUCAUGCAGUCUGCAGAGGUGCAUUGUGGGAAACUCCCAAGUUUCCCCCCCUCCUCUGCCUGCCUCCCUCCCUCCUCUCUGCGCAGAGCCAGCUCCCAAGGUGUGACUCGUCCAGCCAGAGGACAGAGGUGCCGUAUCAUGUCCAGGUAGGACAGUGCCAGCGUGAGAAUCAUCCCAAGACAGCUGCUCCAAGGGCUUGAGCUCGGGUGGCUCCUCUGCUUCCUCCAGCAGCCGGGCAAAGGAGAGGAGCUGGGACAGCCCCGAGCGCGUGGCAUCCAGUCGCUGCCCAGAGCACUCACAGGAUGGAUUCCAAAGGCAAUGUCCGAAGCGGAAACAAACCCGACGCCAAGGCCGCCAGCUCCGGAAAGCCAGAAAAGCCCAACCCUGGGCCUGCCACGAAUGCAGACAAGAAGGAGGUCCCCAAGGAGCAGCCCGCUCCUGCCACCGCCGCCAAGAAGGCGGGUGGUGACGCCGCCGUCGCGAACAACCACAGCAACCUGAAACCCAGCCCCGCCGGCACGGAGGCGCACGAGGCCACCGGCCAGUCCCCUGACUCUGACCACAAGGGAAACAGCUCCGAGGAGUCACCGGGCAGCUUCUUCGACAACAUGAAGCCCUUGAUCAUCGUCGGAGGGGUGGCGGUGGCUGCGCUGGCUGUGAUUGUGGGAGUGGCGUUCCUAGCCCGGAAAAAAUGAAGACCGAGACGGGGUGGGGAUGAGGAACCCAGCCCAGCUGUACAGCUCCUUUUGAGACAAAUGCAUGCAGAGAAAUUCUAUACAUAGCUAUAUAUAUAGAGAGCGAGCUAGAUAGGUCAACAACAAACACCAACUGCAACUUCAAGGGUCUUGUUCAAGACAACUGUGCCAGUUUGACCCAGUGUGGGUAACUCCAUGCACUCAGUGUGUUCUUUCAUGUAAUAUAUCUUGGCUUAUACCACUGUGUAUAGGUUACAGCUUCUCCUCGGUGUAAAUGACGGUGUCCCCUCCCCUCCCUCGCUGUUCUCCCUGGGAGACACCCCCACCUCUCUUGCAGUCCCCUGUUUUCAAGUCCAAAGUGUUCUACGUCCCAUCUGGAGUCCCCACUUUGUGUUUUGGUUUCUGUUUGGUUUGGUUUGAAGUUGGGUUGUGGUAAAGAAGACGGAAGGGGAGAGCCAGGGCCCAGUUCGCUUGCCGCGGUGUGUUGGGUGGUGUUUGCCCAGCACUCCUGGGGCAAGGGCAGGUAGAAGGCAGCUCCCUGACCAAACAGCAGUGUGUGAUCUCUAAUAGGUGUCUCGUGUACCUGCUGCUCAUCAAACCACCUCUAAUCACCCAACUGGGAAGUGCCCCGGAGGAAAAGCUGCAGUCGAAGGCUGAGCCUGAGCCUGGGGUGUCCCCUCGAGUCCCAGAGGGGCCGUGCUAAGUCCCCUGCUGACCCCAGGCUGGUAGCAGCUGCCACCUGCUCUGUUCCUUGCACGUUGGCAGGCAGCCUUUAGGAUCCCAGGGCUCCCCAGGGUCGUAUGGGCAGCGUUUGGGAUAGAGAGACUUUGUUUUGGAUCUAGUAUUUUCUAAAGUUAGGCUGCAGGGUGCUGUGGCCUCUGCCCAAGCUCCUUCGAGGUCAGAUGGACUGUUUGUGUUCAUUUUUUUGGGCUUUAGAUCAGGCCUUUCACCAGUAUUUUUCCCCUCUGAAGGGUGUAGUCUCUCAUUAGAUGGGAAGACAGGAAAAACCAACAUGAGUUGGUUUUAGGGGCAGAGAGGACCUGAGAGCCCAUGAGAGUAACACUGACCUGCUUUAUAGCAGGGGAACCCUGUUCAAGGGCAAGUCUGCCCUGGGGGGAUUUCUUACCUCCCUCCUGUCAUAGUAGCAGGGAUUUGUGACUUGUCCACACUUUGGAAAUGGAAACAAAUUCCCAGCCCUAGGGAUCAGCCUGGUUUCAUGGGUGAGUAUCUUGGCUCUAAAGCCAGACCCUGUGAAGGGGAGAAGAGAGGGUGUUAAGUGCUUUGGUUGCUGCUCUUCUAACACCAAUGGUGUCCAUUAGGCUUCUCUUGGCUGCUGCAAAACAGAGUCUUAUAAAAAGACCUUACAUUGUGCUUUUAAGUGAGUCAGAGAUUAGAUGGGGUCAGAGCCGUGGCAUCUGGAGCUUGGCAGCAGCCGCAGCCCCUGGGCAGGGUUUAGGGGGAUGGUCAGUAAGAGGCUGUGGCAAAGAGGAGUGAGUUCAGUUCCAGAACCUGUUGGGCACCUUUAACUGAGCUGGAUGUAUGAACACAGGGGGUGCAGGGCCAGAGAAAGGUGCAUGUUCCUCGGGUGCUGCCCGUGCAGUGUCUGCCUCUGGUAGAGUCACUGAAUAGCAUGGUGGGAGUGCGUAACCUGAUCUGGAAAUUCUUCUCUUGGCUCAUGUCUGUCUUAUUUACCUCCAAAUUUGAUCUGCUGAGCGCACGUCUUCCCCAAACCAAAGGUCUGGUGAUGCAGCCUGACCUUUCCUAUGGUGAGCUUUGUCACUCUCUUUUUCCCAAGGCUCAUAAAAUAUUCCCAAAGGUGCAUGGCCUCUGGGAAUAUCAGAUGCUGUGUUCUGAUGACCAAGAUGCAGCUGAAGGUUGGUGCCUGCCUCCACCUGUACCAGUACAGAGACAGGGGUGGGCAUGUUGGGUUCACAGGGGCUUUGGGAAGGAGGGCUACAGCUCCAGGCGAAAUGCUGGUAGCCUAAAGCACUCUAGGCAUGCACUGUGGAUGUAUCUCCUGGUGGCAGGGUGUCACUUCCAGCCAGGGGAAUGGUUUAAAGCAGAAGGGUCCGUGGUGGGGUGCUUCUCUAACCACCACUUUUCUCUAGAGAUCUUAUUUCCCCUCGUCCUGUUGCAGAUGUCCAGAGGUUAUUUCUGAGCUGGGGGGGAGAGGAGAGGACAAAUGAUAGCAAAGGAACAGGAAAGGUGUUUGGAAAGCAGAGAUGGGAGAGAACGAAGCUCAGAAGCAGCCCCUGCUCAGCUCCCUUGCAGUGACUGCAGCACAGCUUUGGCAGAGGACACAGAGAACGGGAUGUGCCCAGAUCCUGAAAGUGCCCCAGGCACAUCCUUUUCCACCCUGGGGAGAGACCCCAUUCCACACCAUAGUCCCUCCUGCUCGGAGUCACAUUUUGCCAAGCAGGGUGGUGAUUUUCAGACAGUGACUUCUGUUUUCAAGAGAUAUUUCUGCCUUUCCUGUCCUUUCCCUCCCUCUCAGCCCUGGCCUAGGAUUAUUUUCAGCAGUGUGUGACAUUAGACACAGCAUCUGUCUGUUCUGCCCUGACCAGCACAGGUAGAUCAGGGGGAGGAAAAUGAAACACCUGCUUCAUUUGAGUCUCCAAUUUUACUUUCUAAAGUGUUUUUAUUUCCUUGACUUAACCUUUGCCAACAGAAGAGGGGAAAAAACAGUUCUCAGCCAGCCAUGGGCCUUAAACAUUUCUCCACCUCCAAACCCUGCCUGCCCUUAGAGCACUUGGAUGCAAGGCCACUAAUUUCAUCCAGAAACACACCACAGAGGUGCUGAUGGGGCUGCAGCUCCUCAUCUGGGUUUGUCACUCAUUUGAACCCUCCCUGCACAACAAACGUCGUAUUGCCUGUUUGUAAGGGAUUUUUGAACAUGGUAUGUCCUGUUCCCAAAGGAUUUUCCACGUCCUGUGAUCACUUAAGAGUCUGCUGUCCAGAUAACCACCUCUUUGGCAGUUCAGUUUGGAAACACCUGUCUCUGUGUGUGUGUGUGUGUGUGUGUGUGUGUGUGAAUACACCACCCUGCCUUCGAGAAUAUCCUGCCCAUGUGUGUGUACAUACAUAUGUGUUGUAUUACUGCAGUCUGGGGAGGGGGAGAGAAGCCAAGCUGGAAAUGCCCCUUCCUUCAUUCCCUGCAUUCACACAAAGUGUCUGUGAUGUCUUUUCUGUGCCAUUCCCACCAUGUCACGCAGCGCCUGAAUUCCUUUUCAGUCCUGGUUUCUCCUCAGUGCAAAGAACGUCUGGCUAGUGAACUGCUGAAUGUCCGAUGUGCCCGCUGUCCUAGAAGCUCCAGAUCCCUGUUCCCCUCCCUGGAUAGUCGUGUGGGCUAUUUGCUUUAAAACAAGGCACUUUUAGACUAUACUGGACUGUGCUGUAGCGCUUUUUGAAGUGUGGGUCUAGUGUUGAGUCGGGUAGAUCCAGUGUAGAUGCCACAAUGCACCUCAGUCCUGACUUGCAAACACAUCCCGUCCUGCCUUAAUGUGCCAGGCUGUGCAGUGCUUUCCUUUUGAGCCAAAAACGUCCAGCGAGAACUAGGCUGAGAGGGCGAAUUCCCCUCUCCCAGCCCCGAAUUUGUCAAAGCAGGAGGCUGAACUGACUGAACUCGCUGUGCUAAAUAAAUAGUUGUCUUUUCUCGUACUGAGCACACGCCGUUAUUUGCUUGACGUUCUUUUUUUGUGUGGUGUUUGUGGUAUGAAGUCCUUCCAGUGCCAUCUCCGUGGGGAGAGUGAAUUAUUAACGCUUACAACUAAUCAGAUUCUGUGCUUGGGGUUUGGAGAGAUCUAGAUUGCUAGUUUACUCUUUUCGGUCAAGUUGAUAAAUCAUAAAUUUGCAAAAUUGGUUUCAGACCUUUUAGCUUACCACUAAAACUAUUGAUUCAAUGACUGCACCCCGAUCUCAGUCUGUUUUUAAGGAACCCUAAGUUUUAGUCGAAUGCAAAGAUGUCAUUGCGCUCCCUUGGACAACUCGGCAGAAGGUUUUCGCUGCUUCUAUUUUAGGAGAGAUGAGAUGGAUUACGUUUCUGCUUCCUCUUCCUAUUGAUUUAAUACCCUGUGGAUAAAUCCUGUUAUUCCCAACAGUGCUGCAGUGGGAUGCAAACAAAUGUGGCAGCCAAAGGAUAACGCAGCAGCAUUUUUGGGAGGGUAAGAACACGUUCCUGCAGGUGCUGUUCACCCAGGGCUCACUCAAAGCACUGAACAGGCACUUGCCCUGAAGCACUUCUUAGUUCCCUCGAGUUGGGUUAUAAAUUAAACAUGGGUUUUUGUCUCUGCUGGAUUAAAGUUUAGGGGAUGAUCCAUAGAAUACUGAAAACAAGGGGAGUUUUUCCGUUGUUUUCACCAUGCUCUGGCCUUUGAGGUCUUGUUGGCACCAGGGAUAUUGAUUGCAGGUCAUCAUAAAAUCUUAUCAGUCACACUUUUUUAAAAAAAAAUUGACACAAACAUUCCUUAGCCCUUCAGCUGAGCGUGAGGAAAGUCUUCUCUGAGGCAGCCAUGCUCACAGCCCUGAUUAUACUAACAUCAGGAUUUGUGCAUAAACAACAACAGUGCAACCCAAACCCCUGGAGUUAGUGAGAGAUGAUUUCUGCCUUAAAACAUUCCCUGCUUUUCCUGGAAAUGCUACUGGGGUUUGGAAUUCAGCAGCCUUUUAGCUAUUCUUAGAAUUGGUUGAAAAUAACAGUGUUGAAGACUGGAGAG